AUGAACUGCCUCAAUCGAAGGCUAAGGCGCACAGCUCCUGUGCGUGGCAGCAGCAGAAACGAGCUGGUUCCCUCCAAGCCUCCCCGAGUGAACGGCUGGUCGUGGCCACCUCAGGCUUUCCAAGUAGCCGGCUGGCUGUUUUUCAGCUACCUCGCCAUAGUCAGUUUUGGCAUUUACAUCCCUCUUCUCCCUCCACCGUGGAACCACGUGCUCUACGCCGUAUCCUUUACACACAGCUGAAGCCUCACUGUGAAUGAAUGUAUGUGAACGUUAAGUGUGCACCAAUGGGUCUUUCAGAUUUGAAUAUGGAGCCCACAUUAUAGUCUCUACCACACUUUUGUUUGUGCUGCUGGAUGAGACAAGGACUUUGUUGUGUUGGCUGCGUGUAUAGGUCCAGUCACACUUUGUUUCUGUUUCUGCACUCUCUAUGAAGCCAGAGACAUAAUCAGUGGGGUUUUUGUCACUUGUUUAACACUGCAUGAUGUCAGCAGUGAUUAAAUAACUGAGGCUCUACUCUGACUUUGAGAAUUCUCCCUUAUAAGAUCCUCUUUGUGCAACAGCAUGCCCACUUUUAGGGAAAAUAAGCUUCUGCAAAAACAUUGAUCAGUAAAUGAAUGAAUCAAAAAAUAUAACCCAACAGCCUGAGAGCUCUGUUAUUUAUUUAUUUAUUUUUAUAAGUUUUCACAUGCCUCAAUUUCCCAAGAUUGGGGACUCACUAGGUCAAAUUGUCCCCUUGCUAUCUGUAUACAGUUUGCAGUAAGUACAUGUCACCCUAUACGUCUAUAUGUUCAGAGGCAGAUGCUGGUAGUUCUCCUGCAUGUCAUUGGUUUUUGGACUAGUGUCCCCAUUGCUGGCGCACCAGUAUGCCACAAUGAAAGAAAAGGUAUUUAGAAAAGGUAAAUAAAGAAAUAUGCACAUUUCAUUCUGGCUUUUUAAUGCCACAAUUGCUUUUUUAUCACGCCAUUUAUCACAGUUCCUGUUUACUCCCCUGGAUUGGAGGGAUCAGCUGAUGUCAGGGAGUAAACAUAAUUAUGGAACGAAUGUAAAGCUUGUUCCCAGUUUGAUACAGACCUUCCCUGACCAAGGCAACUGUUUGGCUGCUGGAGAACAUUACUGUCUCUACUGAAAUCUGUCUUAAAAACUGAGUUCCUGUACCCAUCCAUACACUUAAGUGUCACUGUAGUGGAGUCCUUAUGGCCCUACCAGCGGGAGUUUUACAUGUUCUCCUGAUUAGAUACUCCAAGCCUGCCUGCCGCUGGCAUACUGCCUGAUUGUGACAUGUCGCUGAACUGCAGGCACUUGCCAUUUUGUGGGAUGCCAUUGUCCACUGUUUUAUCUUGCUGACCCUCACAUCUGGCAUACAGGUUUUUCUUUAAUCUAUUGGGAUUAAGACAAUAUUUUUCUUUCUUGAUCAUGUUCUUGUCUUGAUAAUAAUGAAAUUCUAGUUCAUUGUGUAACCCUCUAAUUUUUCUUUAAAUAUGCUGUUUUUCUUGACUCUUGUUAUGUACAGCUGACGGGGAUAACCUUCAUAGUUCACCUCCUCACACAUAUUGCUACUCUAACUAUAGACCCUGCAGAUGCCAGUGUUAGAGCCAAACAAAGUUAUUCCAGCCCAAUGCCACUUUUUGACCGAGCAAAGCAACCGCAUGUCAUCCAGGACCUGCACUGUUAUCUAUGUGACGUCAAGGUGUAUGUACCAAAAAUGAUCAUCUCUGAUUUGGUUGUUUUGCUAUACUUAAAGUAUUGUAUGCAGUAAUAACACAAACAAUCUUCUGCAGAGGCCCCAAAGUAAAGCACUGUGGAGUUUGCAACAAAUGUGUGGAAGACUUUGAUCACCAUUGUAAAUGGCUGAACACCUGUGUGGGUGGCAGAAACUACUGGUGAGAAGAAAAUUUCAGUGAAGAAAUCAACUUUCUGUUUCAAUGAUAUGAGCAUUUCUGAAUAUAUUUUUGUGUGCUGUUUUCAGGUGUUUCUUUGUCGCACUGUCCUCUGCCACACUAGGAGCUUUCCUGCUUGUUGUUGUCAUUUUAUUUAUAUUUAUUCAGCAUUACCUGGAUCCGACUAGCCUAAGGACUGCCCCACAGUUUGACAGUGAGUCACAAAAUAUUUUUUCAUUAUUUCCUUUUAUUGUAACAUAUUUUAUUGUAUGUCAAUAGCAGUGAUUUGUUGUCUGAUGGUCUUUUAUUCCUUUUAUUUACAGAUAUAUUGGGAAAUGAAACCUGGCUGAUGUUUUUACCCUUGGCACCCACAAAAACGAGUUCGGCAGGUCUUCUUAUUUUAGCCUUCAUAACAAUCAUGCUCAGCUUCACCUGCCUGCUCCUCUUCAUCCACCUGCUAGGCUUCCACUUGUACCUCUGUGAGUCCGUCAUGAAAAAGCUCUUUUCAAGUCUAUUUUUUCUUUUCAGCUGGUGUUAAUUCUCCUCUUGCUUCUACAGUUUACAAAGGCAUAAGCACAUUUGACUAUGUAAAGAUGCAGCGGCAAAAAGAAUCCAGAAACAGAGACGCUGAAGCAGGAAAUUCAAAUAAUGCAAAAAUCGAUGAGAAAACCACGCAGGUGAGAUCUUUACUUACUUUCUUCAUGUCUGUACUUUCACCUGUUAAUUUAUUUGAGUGUUAAAGAUUUUUUCUUUCAAACAGAACCAAGCAAGCUCAGCUGACUGUGAACCAACGUCAUCACAAACUUCAAGGUAAUACUCAAUUAGUCACAGUUCCUCUUUGUAGACUUACAGAGGCUAUUUCUGAACAGAUAAUCAACACCUGUUUUUCUGCAGUUCCUGCAGAUUUGAAGAUAAAGGCCAACUCGCAAGUCGACUUUCAGAGUCUAUAUGCACAGAGGUAAGCAAAGCAACUCAGUUCUCCUUUUGAAUGAUCAAAAAAGCAUUAAAUAGUCAAUGUAUGUGCAUUGAAUCUGUUUUGAUACAGUUGGAAAACUUGAAGAAAUCAGCAGAAAAGGAGAACAACUUUCAUUAUGGGACAGAUGGUCCAACAGAGAAAACAAGUAUGUAUUUGACUACACUCAACUCUGUCAUGAAAAAUGUAAAAUGAUUCUCAGAAGUUUAAUACAAAAUCAUGCAUCACAAGGUAAAGGGAAGAACUACUUUAACAGUACAUUAGAUUAAAAGAGUGUUUUCUUUCUGAUUCUAAAAGGGGACUCUGAAAGGAGAAGCCAGAAGCCUGACAGAGAGACUCAGAGUGUCAGUUUGAAGUCUGCGGACAGUGUUCCUGUUGUGCAGGAUCCUCUGGGCAGCUCAGUAAUGAUUCCAGAUGAUACAUAACUUUACCUGGACUUUCUGCUUCGUGGACCUGCUCAUUUUAUAAUUUACUGUAAGAUAUGCUUGAAGAAGUGAGCCACACGACCAUAAACACUUGCUUUGGACUUGACUUACCAUGGACGAUUUUGUGCAGCUGAAGCCAAUAUUGUGUUUUAUACCCCUUUUCAUCUGUUUGUGUUAACUGUGUUUUUUAUAUUUAUUGUGAAAUUAUUUAUAGCAUUGUUUUAUUUCACUGAUGUGUAUACAAAGAAAGAGAGCGAGUCAGGUUAACCUUUGUUUUAUAGGCCUGAGAUACAUGGAUGGAAGUAUAGACUGGUUUUAGCUUCUUCACAAAGAGCAGAAACCUAUUGCCUGAGUUUACUCUGAUAACUAUGUGGUUGUCUAGUCUACUGACAGAAAUGAGUUAACUUCUCUUCAUUUUACCUCAAGAACAAAGCCAGGUUCUUGCCAGGUUGGUACAUUGUCCUGACAGAAAGGAGUGCAGCAAAUGAAACUUCUUUGUCCCUUUUUUAUAUGAAUUGUUGAUUUUACAAAGCUGACUGUGUCCAGCAACUGUUUUACCUAAUUUUUUAAAGUAAAAAAUAUAGAUGCAUGUUUUUUACGCCUCCUCUUUGAUUCAAUGAUUUAGACUACAAUCUGUUGUCUUACAAGACGAUACGAACUACACUUGUCUUUUUAUUCUUUCAGGGUUUUCCUUCAAUUUUAACCUCAACUAAAUUGGACCAUAACCCAGCCAUAACAGAGGUCAAUGAAAGAGGAGGAGCUUUUGCUUUUUCGAGUUGCCUCUAUCAGGAAAAGGCUUUAAGCCUUAACCUCUGACCUAUUUUUGUCAGAUGAUAUUGUCAUCAGCUGAGGGUCUAGUCAGUUAUUGGCAAGAUUCAAUUCAUACAAUAAUAUUAUUCGAAUACUUGCCACAGGGUUUUGUGACAUAGUUUUACCAGUAGAGGGCCCUGAGGAGCUCAGUCAGACAGAGUGUCAGGAUGGUAGUCACUAUUUUCACCCCUGUUACAGCAUACUGUCUAUAAGGAAAGAGUAUGGUUGUAUAAAUUGGUGUUAUUUUUCAGUUAAGUAAGAUCAAAUCUUGUUCCAUUUUUACGUUUUUUUUCUUUUAUUUAGCUUUUCAUGAUUGUUUUGUCAAGUUUGUUUCACUCAGUACUACUGAGUACCAAGCUUUUUUUUAUUGUCAGUGUUUUAUGUCUGCCAUGUCUAAAAAACAAACAAACAUUCAAAUGGCCACCACAAAAAGAAGCUUCAAGCUGUGUGGAAGAGGUGAAACAAAUGACACCAUAGCAUCAAAUAAAGUGUUGCAGCCAUGGGUUUCAUUUUCAUUAAAUUUGUUCUAGGAAAACAUCAGCAGAUUUCAUAAUUUUAUCAGAUUUGUGCCAUAAAAUCUAAUCCAAGUUUAUUUACUAUAGCCUAUAUUUUGAAAGGUAGUUUGAUGAAUAUUAAUGAGCAUUUUAGACCCAGGAUUAAUCCUCAGUUUGUCCCCUUUCACGUUGCUUAUAGGGGAGAGUGGGGUAAGAUGAACCAUUUUUCAUAUUUCGGAUCACUACAUCAAGGCAAUCACCGUUUUGUCUCUAACUAGUGUAUCUGCAUAUAUUUCAGGAUGUUGUCCAUCCCUGCAAACCAACAGAAUGAGUGUAAACAUAAUUGUCUUGAUAAUAUAGCAUGCCAAAAAAGUGGUCUCCUAUGGUCAACUUACCCGUGUGUGGGGUAAGUUGAGCCGUAUCCCUACUUACCUCAAACUUAUGACAGACUAAAUUCACUUUCAAGAGUGAAAAAUGAUUUUUUGUAAAUAAAUGUCUAACCCCUUCACCCAUGUGCUUCUAACCUUCACAGACUCCAUGAAUUGAUGCCCAUCUCCUAAAUAUUUGGUCACAUGAUCAAUUUCUUUUACUACUUCCAAGCAACAGGGGGUGGCUCAACUUACCCCACUCUCCCCUAUUGCAUGAUGUCAUUACCAAUUUUGCAACAGCUUCAUUUCAUAGUGGUGGAUACUUUCAAGCACUAGAUGGCGCAGUUGGAGCGGCCUUAGAUGGACAAUUAUGUCAUCCAGUGAUUACUCUCAAGUCCAGGCUGCUUUCAUCAUGACGAGCUCUGUCCCUGUUCUCAGCUCUGUCUUUUACUCUCAGGCAUGCGUGUUUUUAUCACUUGUCUCUGUAUUAAAAAUCUGAGAGCUCGGAACUACUAUAUCAUCUGAACUAUCAACGAUGAUGGGGAUUACAUAACAGGCCCUUCAUGUCCAGCUAGCAGUCUACUACUGAUUGUGUAACACUGCCCUGCACUGGACAUCACACAAGAUACAUGCCUUAGAAUAAGAGACAUUAAUUUUAGAGACUUUCAGAUCUUUUUUUUCCUGCGGAUUUCUAACAGUUUAUGAAAAGUGGUCCUCAGAGGAGUUCCUGCCCAACCAAUCCACCAAGACUCCCAACGUUGGAGGAAAGACAGGAUUAUUAUGGCUCAGUCAUUCAGAAAACAUAUUUAUUCCUGUUGUGAGCGACCAUUGGCCUCUCUGAUGCUACAUGACUCCACAUUGGCUGGUUGUUAGAGCAACCAAGAUCCCCCAUGUAAAACCAACCGUUCCUGUCCUUUGUUUACAUCUUCCAUCUCCGCCUCUGUGGGCUCUAAAAUAAGAUGCUCAGAGCUCCUAGUGCUUGUUUAUCAGCGCUCCACUGAGCACCGAAACACCACCACAGCCCACAAUAACGAGGCAGGAGGAAAACAAGCUCGCGCACAAGGGCGGCAGCCAAUCAGCGGGCUGGUUUCUCUUCAGCAUCUCGAAGGGACUGCACCGAGCAGACAGAGCAGAGCAGAGACGAGAAAGGCUUCAAGACACCGCGACGCGCAAUUAUGCUUUUGUGAACCGAACUGGGAGGUGAAGGAUUUCGACACCAGGUAAUUAAAGGUUACUAUAGAAGUAGAUGCAACACGUAGAUUGUUUAUGCAUGUUUUUCUGACGCGAGUAAUUCGAUGACAGCCUACAGAAAUCCAGCUGAUCUGUGGAUGCUUUAAAUAUUCAGAUUUUAUGUCAUAGCAUGCUCACUUUAUUGGAAUAAUGCACCAUAACUUGCAUUUAAAGGUACAAGGAUGCGUGACACUAAAGGAAAACACGACAGUGCUUUCACCUGUAAUGACAUUUUCUGGAGUGGCAUUACAUGCAUCAGGGUCUGACAAUAACAAACGAAUCACGUGGACUCUGACCGAAUCUGGCAUUUGCGGGUUUAUGUAACAUGUUUCGGUUAGACACACUAGCAGCUGCAGCCACUUCCAGUAACACAAACAUACGCUUUUUUUCCUUCUGUUUAUGUUUUAAAAAGGGGCUCUAUGGGAGCCACAGCUGAGGGCUCUCCAAUAUCCCCCAUUAUUGGUUACAAAGUAUGAUUGACAACGCCUGAGACCUGUAGCUGAAGUCUCAUAUAAGGAGUUACAUAAUUAUGCAUGAAAAAAAAAAAUUCUGCCCUUUUUAUUGGCUUGUGUCUUUGUGAGUUAAGCUCUUAAAGAUGAGGAAUUGAGUAAAAAUAUCAUAUUUGGAUUGUUUUGUACUGCUAGUAAAUGAGAUACCUAUCAGAAUAACACUUAAAAUCUAUUUUAUGAGCUAAAAAGAUCACCUUAUUUUGAUUACUUGUACCUCACAAAGACAAUAUGUGUAUAUCCUCUCAGUGAAUGGUUUAAUAGCUGCAUUUGCUCCCCAUAGGUUGGAUUAUGAAUGCAUGAGGAGAAGACACACUCACUGAGUUUGUCCCAGAUUUUCACUGUUGUAGCUUUCACUGCAUUGGUCCACAAGCCUUCGGGUUCUGUCACAAACAAUUAAUCUCAGAGUGAAAAUUACCCUAUUUUGUUUGUGAUGACUCACAUUCAGGUCAGGUUGACAAAAUAAAGCAAAUGUUCGUGGGCAGAAUGAAGUGUUGUAUUCUGAUGGCAUUGUCGUAGCUGCACAUGAUAAAAGGAAAGUUGUUCAUUCGUAUUGACCUGAACAAGAGAAACAGUCAAAUAAGAAGGCAUUUCCAAGACAGUACAUGAGGAGUAAUCUUAACUUAUUAAGUGAGACAUAAUACAACACAGUCUGGCUUCUUGAAUCUCAAACCGGACCCUGUUUAGAGCUAAUGUGCUGCUGGCGACACAGGCCUUCUCCAUCUGAGCCACGUCUGGGACACUUGUGCUCCAUCAUGUAUUCCUCUAAAUGUGGGGUUGCAUAAGGACCCCCAGGCUUUCUCCACUCUGCCUUUAUACCUCUAUUUGGCUUGCUGCUACUGCUGCCAACAAUAACCGCUGUAGCCUGUUUCAAACAUCUUGCUUUUCUUUUGCACAAUGCUUGCCAAGAUCUUUGACUCACAGAGCAGUUAAAGGUACAGUGAGUAGAAAUGGGAAUAUUUAGCAAUAUCUGGUGUUCAGAUUUUGGAUAGAAAUGCUCCCUUGCUUACUCCCCCUGUCAGUAAAGCAACAGUUCAAGAAGCUCCUGUGUUGCAUGUUAAGUAUCAACCAACAACUGUUAAGUUUGUACCUUCAAAAACAUUGAUACAGUUUUUUUAGGGGGCCCCACAACCCCUCUCUGUCCUCCAAUCAGUGCAUUUUGUACCAAUUAUUCAUAUGUUACUGCUUCAUCUGUUCUGCUACCCUUGCAGAGCAGAUGGAUCGGCCAGAUUUCAUGUCUGUCAUUUGGCAGACCCAUCAAAACUUAGAGCUGGUAAGCUUUUUCCUCGUCAUAGAAUCUGUGUUGCUUCAGGAAAACAAUACAGGCAUGUUUAGUUGUGGCACGCUUGUUGACAAUGAUGACCCAUGAAGGGAUUAGCAUGGCUAUAGCAGCAGUUUCACCAGAAAUGGUGAAAUAUCCCUUUUUUCCAGAGAUGUAUAGUGACAGUUUAGUGGGCAUUGUCAUCGAGGAGAUUAACUUUACAUAGAAAUGGUAUGUGAGCUAACAAUAUAUGAUUAGAAUGUACAAUCUAUAAAUCCAUUUUAGAUGAUUGGCUUUGGAUUUUAAUAUAGUUGAUGCUAUCAGCUAAUAGAGAACUGCUGUCUGUUGAGCUUGCAGUAUGAAGUUUCCUUCUAUGUUUAAGGAGAUUAGAGGUGGAGGCCAAACUUCAAAAUGGUAAAUAUGUCGGAUUAAGUGCUUCGAGGAGGUGGAAUCUUUAAUCUUUGUUGGGACCAUGGCAAAGGAAAUGUCUGCCUUAUCUGUGUUAUUAUAGACAAAGUCCCAUCAAACAACUACAACCAAAAAUGUAAUGUUUAUUUCCCACAGUAUGUUUUCUUUCAGAUGCAGUUUUAGACCUAACCCACUGGUUUUUAUUGACCAUAAAAAUGUUUUUUUUUUUUUAUGCCAAAAACCUUCUGAGACCAGAGAGGAGUGCAGUUUUUAGAAAACCUAAAUGAAACAGAUGUAAAUUAUGAAACUGCUUGAACUAUUGUCGGCCGCGGAAUAAAGAUACAAGGACGCGUGAUUUAUGCAGCUAUAUGGCUAACUGAUACUAUUUGUGUUUUGAAAAAAAAAAAAAACAGAUGUUAUUUACUUAAAUCAGAGCGCUGACAGACAUGGUGUACUGUAGAUGGAGGUCAGUCCUGGGCAGAGUGGGGGUCUUCAGUGUGCUAAUGAUGGCUUUGACUGACUGGAAAUUACCUUGAUCCAGAUAAGAACCAGAUGGGAUCUCUGUGUGCCCACGCACUACGAUGGCAUGCUGGAGGAGAGGAGGCUGCUGUUAAACACUCCUGCUCUCUCUCCACUCUCUCUAUCUCUCACACAUCACAUCACCCUCUGCCAUUAUUUUGCAGGUUACACUAUCUGCCAAACAAACAGUGAAACACAAAAUUUAUUGUUUUGAGUGUUUCAGACUGCGCGUCGUCGUCUACUGGCUGAUCUCCUCCUUGGAGAAUGAAUAGAAUGUUCCAGUGUAUUGUUGCUAUGAAUAGAUGCAGUUCAAAAUGGGUCAAUUUAUAGCUAAAGCACUCAUCUGUGCUGUGUUUUGCCAGAAGGCGAGUGUAUGUAAGCAUGCUGUCAUCCAGUCGCAGAUUUGUCUCUGGAGAUCUGCCCUUAACCAAAUGGCUUCUCGUUUUUUUCGCUUUAAAGUGGGGCAGAAAAAAGGCUCUGGACAAAUGAAAUGAUGGUCGCAUUUCGAUAUCAAAGAAGCCAUUUGGUCAACAUCACCCUAUCAGAUAGCUUUAUAAAGCUAAAUAGUUCCUGAUCCAUAUAUUCUAUAACGAUAACGAUUAAGUAAGCUGUCAGAACUCUACAUUCCCUCUCGUCUCUGUAUGUGUUCCUCUCUUCAGACAGUGAUAAUGACUUCUCACUGUUGAACAUGAUGUGGUUUGAAGAGCUUGUUCUACUGUAGACUUAGGCCCUUGAAAUCACUGACUGCAAAUUGGAGGAGGGGAAUGAAAAGAUUCCUUUGUUUCUCUCUGAUUUGACUGCUGUCAUUGAAACACAAAGGAACACACACAUAGCAAGAGGCAGAUCUAUUCGAAAGGAUGUGGAUCCCCAUUAAAAAUAAAGUCAAUGAUGGAGCUCCAGUUUGGGCAUUAAAGGAUGCUAGAGUGUGAAACAGAAAUGAUCAAAACCACUGAAGACUUAGUAACCAGUCAAAAGGUAAAGAAUCACUCUGAAAAGAGUCACUUUACACAGCUGAGAACAGGUCAACAGCUGUGAACAGUCACCUUGCUUGCUGAGCAUGUUAGCAGAGCUAGCACCACCUGCCGCCAGUCCUCCUUUCAGGUUAACAUUCACAUGCCUUCACUGGUACAUAUUGCCCCUGGGACAUAAACAAGACACAGUAGACAUGAAACUUGAUUGUCAUUUUCCUGGAUCAAAAUACUGCCAAACUAAAAGAUGCUGCCUGUCAUCUGUGCUUGUUUACAUCUGAGUAGUAGAGAAUUCUGGCAUUAAGGCGGUAGCCAUUAAUCUGAGCUUCAAAAAAAUGAAAAUCAUCAAUAGAAGUGUUGCUUUCAAUGCAGCCAAAGGUUCAGAAAGAUAAGAAGACCAAUAACAUUAACUGCCCCACUCCAGCCAAAGUCUUCCAGCAGAAAAGAUUUGGCAUAUGUAACAAAACAAUGUCACAAUUUCAGAUCCGUUUUUGUGAAAUGACUACCUUUUGCGCAGAGGACCAACGUAGGUAUUACACGUUUUAGAGUGAGACGUUCCCUUUAGUGUGAAUGUUACAGGCUACUUUUUUUGACUUCUUAGGAGUUUUUGGAUAUAAAAUUGAGUUUGCAUAAUAUCACAUUUGAUAAUAUCUGUAUAAAUGUGGAAAAAGGCUUUUGAAGCCCUUUAAAUGAAGUUUAACUAUCAAUUCAUCUGACAUCUUGUUUUUUUUUUGGGAGGGGGGUCUUCAAUAUGAAAUAAAGUGUAUUCAGCUGAUGCACAACCAUUGAUCACUGCGAGCUGCAAAGAAAAAUCAAUUUUGCCCAUUUUUGACCACAAAAAAACAAUUUCUUACAGCUCUGAUUUAUCUCUUUUUAAAGACAGAUACAGUCUGAGAUCAUACCAUUUUUUUUGGUGAGAGAAUUUUUGUCACUGAUAGUGAGGAAAUCUGAUAAUUGAUUUUUUUCAUGACAACCAAGCUCUUUUCUGACUGUACAGAUUAGAUACUUUUUCAUGACUUUAGAUCUCAUUAGAAAACAUGACACUUUCGUCAUGGAAAAGGCAAUUAAUGGUCUCCUUUUAGUCGUCUCGGGGACCAGCGUUAAAGUAUUACUGCAACAAUUCAACAACAGUCAACAGUUUCGCACACAGACACACAAAAAACUGAGCAUACAGUGGUUAAGUUACAAAUUCCCUUCAUUUGGAGUGGUUACCUUUAUCAUCUGCUCUUCAGUGGCGUUUUAGUGUAAUAUAAAAGGAUAUUUUACAUUUUUACCAAGUUAUAUGAUGUUUGCUGGUAAUAGAAGACUGAGGCCUGAACAACCUCAGUACCUCUAUCUGGGUUGACUUGGCCUGAGCCCUCGAUGACAUAUGACUACAAACUCUCCUCCAUCAAUAGUGUUACUCUGCGAUGUCACUCUGCGUGUAUGUGUGAAGAAAUGGGCAUGGGUCGGACAGAGGAGCCACAAGUGUCAGACAAUAGGAUCCCAGUGUGUGCUGCCCUGAAUGCGAUUAUUCAUGGACAUUAAUAAUCUCGUCUUUUUUCCCUUAAGAAUUCACAUCCCAGUGAUAAUGGGCUUAUGCUGUGUCAGUCUGGGGACUUUGUACCAAUAUGAGGGUCAACCUUACUUAGCGAGGUCACGGUCGUGGUUGUUGGCCACAAGGUCGUAGAGACAAAACCCAUCACUUCGCAUGGUGUCACUGGGGGUGAGUGAACGCUCUUACUUGGCGACUCGAGAGAUUUGAGAAACACCGGUAGCUUGAGCAGACAGCACAUCUCUGGUUUGCAUCUUGCUUUUUUGUCUGAAAACUGUCCAGGCUUUAAGACUUUAAGUAGAUAAUUUUAGAGUGUUUACUGGAGCGUUUUUUGACAACACACGUCCUUCAAGGAUGCUACGCUGAGUAUGGGAACAGCUGAAAGGUGAGCAGAGCACCAUCACCUGCUGACAAUGUGGAGCAGGGUUACACGAUCUUAGCAGAGAAAGCACUACAGCAGUCUUUUGCUCCUUUGUAUGUUGAUCUAGUUCAAUGAAUGAUGAUAAGCACUUUAGAUGUGGUUCAAGUUAUGAGGCUAAGCUAACGAAUUGCUGCCGGUGUGUACAUAGAGAUGUGGUAAGGAUGAUGUUCUUGGAGAGGAAUCCCUGAACUUCGUCUGAAUCUGAGGCUAAAUGAAAUCAUCAUCUUGAGUAGGAGGGAGGUGAAGUGGUUUUUGGAGCAAGUGUCUCUGAAGACAAACAAUAUCUAAUGACAGGCAGGGGAUGAUCUGGAAGGAAUUCAAAGACUGUUUCUUGUGGAGUUGUGGUUACUAGAGGCUUCUCUGAAAUGCUGUUAUGUUGCUGAGUUUCAGACUAGAUCAGACAUGAAGUCGGAGAUAAUACAAAUAAUUUCAGAGUGAUAGGAGGGAGUGUAAUCGUAUGUUUGGCAGAAAUAGUGAGCUCAUUAUUGUGAUUUGUGUCCUUUUUAUCUAUUCUUUUACUAACACACUGUAUGUAUAAACAUAUUCCUCACCUCCGUUCUCAUCUCCUCUACAGCACAAAGAGAAAACUAAAGUCAGCGAAUCCAGGCACCGCACAGAAGGAAACAAACUCCUGCACCAGAAUGGCAGACCAAAAGUAAGUUUCCUCACAUCAGCACAUGAACCUCCACUGAGAUUUUUCUGUGUUAGGUGCAGAUCUUGAUUUGUGUGCCUUUGAAUUCCACCGAGAUCUAUUUAUAUCCUUCACCUCUGCGCCAGAACACGAAACACAUCUGCCCAUUCACAGGCAGCUUGAGCACAGAAACACACCUCACUUUGGACAGUUUGAACUUGCCUGAAACCCAAGAGGACUACACAAAAAGAGACAAAGUUGUAGGCUGUGUCUCGACCUGCAGACAUGACAUAAUGUUUACUUUCUCCAGAAUUUCUUUUUUCCGUUGCAAGCCUCGCAGAAAAGGACUGGGAUUAAAAGGAUUUUUAAAUAAAGAUAGUUUUUUUUCUUCUCCUUUUUUGAGUACAAAGGGUGUGAUUAGAUGUCCUUGGAUCUGUUGAAUUGAUUACCUAUUUGCUUGUCCUGCAGUUUUGAAAGAAACUAUGUGAUGUUAUUAAAUGUAUCUUCACAGUUGUGUUUAUAUAAAGAUUAUUUAGUCCCAAAGAGUUUAGUAUCCAUGAGUAAUCCAAGCUGCCUCAAACACCUCACAUGGAUGAUCAUUUCAAGACGUAUUUCUUUCCCUCUCAGAGACAACAUAGAUGAUUUUAAAGUCCAGACGGCCAAGCACCCCAACAUGAGCUCAGUCCCAAUGCGACCGCACAAUGACCAGUCUAGAGACCGGACGUCCAAAAGGCUCUCAACUGAGUCUAAUGGCACCAGUGAAGGAGGCAUGGGCUCAUCCACACCGGUAGAGUUGACCGCUUUGGAAGAGUCAUUUCGUCGCUUCGCCAUCCACGGUGACACUCGUGCCACUGGCAAGGAGAUGCAUGGCAAGAACUGGUCCAAGCUGUGCAAGGACUGUGGCGUGAUCGACGGCAAGAACAUUACCCUCACCGACGUGGACAUUGUCUUCAGCAAAGUCAAGUAAGAAAAGAUCCAAAAGAAUUGUGCCGUCAGUGGCGGAGUCUUUUAGAUUGUUUGAGCUGCAAAAGUUUGAUUUAGUUGUCUUAAUAAAUCUGACAACAUCUGAGCCAGAUAAGAUCUCGUUACAGACAUGCCUCCACAGGACUGUGUUCUGUUAAGACAGCAGCGAGGAUGACAACAGACUUAGUCACUCAGAUCAGCAUGCCUAAAAGGUCACUUAAGUGCUGCAGUCAGGGGAGUAUUGUGGUUGUAAGAACACAGCGGUGGAUAUUUCAGACUGUCUCUGAACUGAAGGACUGAACCGCAGAGAAUAUUUCAAGUUUAUCUCACCGGUUUACAGACGAUUCAAUCAGUGGAUCUGUUUAAAGAGACGGUGUUUAGAAAUGCAACAACAUGUUUCAAUGAUGUCUGUGUUAAUUUAAAGCAAAACAAAUGAAGCUGGUUAAAUCUGUUUAAUUGUGAUAACAAAUACUCUAAGGCACAUUUUCUGUGGUUAUUGAAUUUAGUGUUUUCUGGCUGUAUUGUGUAAGCUGCCUUUGUUUUGUGUAUGAAGUUGGCUCAGCCUGAGCUGUCCAUCACAAACAGCUGCCAGAACUAAAGGCCAACAUGGCUCAUCCUGUACCCCUCCAGGCUAGUCUGAUUCACCCUUUACGGCUUGAUUUAAGUAGAGUCUAAUAAUAAGCUGUGACCUCAAUAUUAUUUCAACCAAGAAGCAAAACUUUUCAUCUGUACAGCUGUGCUUAUGUUUGACCAGCAAACUAAGAGUCAGACUGUUUGGACAGGUGGACAGAUGAGAGUCAGGGUCUCUUCAGCUUGUAAAGUCUUCUAAUUUGGGCAAAAUGCAGUACAGAAACUGAACACAGCAAGAGGUGAAGCUUGUGCAAGAAAGGAGAUACAAAAUAUGGUGGAGUUUUUGUUGCAUGGUUAUUAUAGAGAUUGUCAUUUAAACUCAAAGCAGCUUUGAGUCUUUUUCCUGCUGGUUAAAUGUUUUGAAUGAAGAUUGUUCUGCUACACAGAACCAGAAUAGAGGAGUUUGGCUUGAGGCCACUUUUCAUCCAGUCCUGUUACAGGAGAAGCCGUAAAAAAAAUGUCUGCUUGGAAAUCUCAUAUUGAUUUAGUGGAUUUUCCAUCUUCUGCUGGUGUGUAAUCAUAGUUUCAUCUAAGUCACUUUGUAUACACACGUUUAUACUGGAGGUUCCAAGAUGUUUUUUGUGUUAUUUUUCUGUUCAAUACUGUUUAUUCCUGUCUUUAUAACAUAAGUGCUCAGAAAGGACAAAAUAUUUUCAAAGCGGAUCCUUCAGUAUUCAAGACAUGGGACUGUACUUCAGUAAAACUAUUAAAAACAUGCAGUACUGCAGGGUCUAUAAGCCCCCUUUGUGUUUUCAGAUAUUGAGUUGAAAAAAAAGAAACACUAAAGUAAUUCAAAGUAAAUUAUCAUAAAUUCUAACUAAACAAACUCAUAAAACAUUUUACAGCAGAAAUGAAUAAUUCUUUGGCAGGAGUUGGUUUUCAACUUCAGCCCACCACCAUCACGGAUGGAGUCAAAGAACAGAUUUAGAAUAAGUGUUGGCUGCAGACUGUAACUCUGCAAAAUAAAUAAACAGACUGCAGCAUAAAAAUGAGUCCUUUUACGCUGCAUGUUUUCAUGAUAGGCAUUGAACAAGAAAAAGCCUUUAGGGGUUGUGCUGCUGUUCUAGUCACUUGUUUCUAAUGUUGGACUUGACAAACCUUAGUGCUUUGCAAAACAAAUUAGUAACCCUGUUUUUCUGGACUUUGAGACACCCGCAUCAACACCAGAUGUGAAUGUUUUUCUUGGCAAGAUGUAGAGAGGUAACCUAAAGAUGACUUUGGGUUUAAUACUUAUCUAAAUGCUGCUUCACUGCUGGACAAUAUUUAGAAAAAUGCUAAUUGGCAAGUUCUUUGUAAUGAAUCUUUUCACAGUGAAUCUGUGUUUUGUUUUUUAACACUCUGUCCUUGGACGUGUGGUUUGUGAGUUUGAAGGCUUUGUUUGAAGGCGUGCAGGCUCUAAUAAGUGUCUAAGGUUAUCAAGCGUGCAUAUGAACAAGACUUUAAUGUGUUGAUGAGGAUAAUCGGAACAGAGCGUGUUUCAUAUCUGCGUGCAGACUGGGGGAGGGGCUCAUUUGGAUGUAUGAUGUUUCAGACUCAAGGCAUGGCUAAGCCAGGGCUGCCAUGUCAGAGAUGCAGAAAUCCACUUUCUCCUUAAUCAGUGUCAAAGCUCUUUGCAGAAUUAAACCUCCUGAUGAGCACUGGCUGAUUACAGAAUGGUUGACUGAAUCCUUGUUUGUUGUGUGCAUGGGAGUCUGCUGAAGCACACCGAGCCCGCCUGCUUGGAGUCAGACCACUUCAGAAUAAAGUGGAUGAAGCAGGAAUCUGGUGUGGGCUAAUUAAUUACUGGCAUGAUUAUGGGGGCUUCACUUUCUGGACUUUGGAUGUGUUUCCUUGUCACUGAGCACAGUAGUAGGCGGGAGCAGUUUUGCAUGAAAAAUAUCAGGCAACUACCGCGUCAAAUGCCCAUAUGGAUAAUACAGAUGGUUGAACCACUGUAAAUAAGCAGGCUAGCUUUCACGCUUUACCUGAUUUCUUUCUCACUGAUUUACUGUUUAGGCUCUCAGAUCAACUGUUGUGUUUAAUUGGAGACUUUUAAAGCCUUAUACAGAGAUUUCAGACAGAACAGCUGCUGGAUGUCCAGUUUUCCCCUGACAAUAGACAGCAUGGAAUAGGCGCACAGGAAUGAAGCUCCCACAUGUUCAUCACUGAAGGAUCGUCCAAACAAAAAAAAAAAAGGGCCACUGGAUAAGUCAAAUUAAUGAUAAACCCAAACAUCCCUUGUUUACUGUAACUUGUUGCUAUGACAGCAGGUUGCCUAGGGAGACUGUAGACUUUAAUGGCUGUUGUUUAGGUGAUUUAUCACCACAGCAAUGGUUGUUUGUGUUUGUGUUACUAUGCACUUCAAAUGUGGAAGUGAAACUGGCAUGUGAUCAGUUAAACAACCGGAGCGAAAGAACUGAUAAAGAUAAAGUGAGAGUUACAACAGAGCUGCAUGCCCUGACUUCUGGAGCUGAGUUUCUAAGGUAGAGGAUGGUCAGAUUUCCAAAUACUCAGCCGUCAGUGUGUGUCUGCUUGUUGAGUUGUUCAAGCACUGAGUCACACUGACAAAAUCCAAACAGUGAAAGAUUUCCCGCGAAGUACAUGAAUAUCCUCUCUACAUGGAGUGUCAUUUCUACCCACUGUGUGCACUACAGUCUGUCCCCUUGGCUUUAAAAUUCUGCCGAAGAGCUCCUAAUGAAACAAAGCUACUGUAAAUAUAAAGACAGAGCUUAGCAGAUGCAUAUUUGGGUGAUAACUGAAUACUGUCUGAAAUGUUAUCCAGUAUUGAAGCUCUUUCUCUCCCAACAUUUCAGGAAGAAAUCCAGUCGCAACAUCACGUUUGAUGAGUUCAAGACUGCCCUGGGAGAGCUUGCCAGGAAGAAAUACAAAGAGAAGACAGGAGAGGAUGCAGAGGCAGAGGUCUUUAAGCUGAUUGAGGGGAAAGCACCUGUCAUUGCUGGAGUCACGGUAAGACUCAAAGCUUGAAUAUUACGAACUUUAUAAACCAAAUUAUCCAACUAUUGCUGUGUUUUAGGUUGUAAGCUGAUGAAAUUGUAAGCUAUCUGACAAACGUUAUCGUUUACUCAAAGAUAAGCGAUAAGUGAAUGUCAUAGCUGUGUAUGCCUUGCACAGCUCCUAUAGAGGCGGUCUUUUACCUUCACAUUUCACAGUGGGCAGAAAUGACAGCAUAUUGUCUAUUCUAGACACAGUCAUGUUUUGGCCGUGUGCUGCUCUGACUUGAAGUACAGCUUGUUUGUCUUAUUUGUUGAUUGAAAAAUGAUAAAAUCAUUAUCUGCUAUGCAACUUAACUGUUAGCACUUUAUUUCCUGAAACAAAGCAGCAUUAAGUUAUAGAAAGUUUUUUAUUUAUUAAGUGGGGUAUGUGAGGUACUUGUCAGUAGUCGAUCUAUUAACUCCAGGGGAUGCCAGAGAGCUUGGCCCCUGGUUUGAGAAACCAUCUGGAGAACCAUCAGAGGAGCUAAGCCUUAAACUGUUACAGACGCGGUCAGCUGACUUUACGAAGACUUGAACAUUAAUGUCAGUGUUACUGUGUACAGACUAUGUAGAUACUUUCAGUGCAUUAUUUGGCCGCCAGAAGCCCAUUAGUUUUUGCACCAAUCUCAGAAGUAAUACAUCCCUGUUUUGGGCCUGCAGUGUGCUGAUCAGCUAAUGGGGUCUAUAACGUACUUUGCUUUUGCCUUGUGCACUUAAUGUACUGUACAUGCUGAUAUUUGUGCAUCUCAUUUUAACGUAAAUUAGGGCAAAAAAGGCUGAACAUUAUCGACGUGACUGAGUACUAGAGUAUUUCAGCUCAGUCUCCUUCUUCAACAGCUAACAGUGUAGCCAUUUUUGAUACGGUAUACUUCUGUUCAUGGACUUACAGUUUACAUGUCUCCACCACCAGAGGAAGAGCGGAGAAUUUUCAGAGUAGAGCAUUAACUUACACUGACUUCAAAGUUUUGGCUUUCAUUUAAUUCGCCAAAUCAUGUCCCAGAGCUGACUCCAUCUGUAACAGCUGAUGGACUCACUCCUGUGAUGGUACCCUGGCCUGAAUUUCAGCAAAGGGGCAUAUUACUAUACUGACAAGGAACUCAGUCAACCCCUAUUUUUAACAAAUGGACCAUUCCUUUAAAACUGUUUUUGUGCUUACCCCUCAUAUCAUGAUGUCAGAGUAAGACUGUGAUCAUCCUAACAAGAUUCAAAUGUCAUUACAGAGGGCUGUGGCUUCUCCAACCGUGAGCCGUCUCACGGACACCACCAAGUUUACAGGGUCGCACAAGGAGCGUUUUGAUCCCACCACUGGGCGUGGGAAGGGUAAGGCAGGACGAGAAGACAUAGUUGACACUUCAGGAUACGUCUCUGGAUACAAACAUCGAGGGUCAUACGAAAAGAAAGUGAAUAAACCCACAGUGGGCAAACCCAUGUGA